AAUAGCUGGUACCGGAAUAAGGUAUUUGGGUCUCCACAACCUUUUACCCCACGAGCUUUUUUUCACCCAAACUAUCAGCUCAGCUGAGAUUUUGCCGUUGGAUAAUCAUCAACCAACACUCAUUAUAGAUUUGACAGUCAAUAAUGGCGGCAACCACAAAAACAUACAUUGUCGAGCACCUCGAUGAGGAGCUGGGCCCAUGGUCCGAGCUCGAAUACAUCGCCAUUGCAGAGGAAUCACAGGGUGCAGGUAGCGCCUUUGUCCUGUCCUCACUGCCGCAGAGCUUUGUCGCGCCCGAAUCACUCCAAGCCAUUCCUGCCUUCAAGGCUGAGAACCGGGGAGUGGAGGAACUGUAUGCUCAGGACAAGACGCGAGUGUGUCUUUUGGAUCCCGCUGCCGCAAAGGACCUCAGCCCGGAAGAUGGUGACAAGUUUGACGUAUUCCUGUUUGGGGGUAUUUUGGGCGAUGACCCGCCAAGGGACAGAACAUCGGAGCUUCGCAAAAAGGGCUUCGAGGGUAGACGGCUCGGCUCGAAGCAGAUGACAACGGACACUGCCGUUCGAGUUACUAGAAUUGUUGCCGAGCAAAAGACUGCUCUCGAGGAGAUUCCCUAUUUGGACUUUCCCGAGCUCAAGUUCAACGACCACGAGAGCACUGAGAUGCCAUUCCGCUAUGUCAAGGGUGAAGACGGGAAACCGAUUAUGCCAAAGGGAAUGGUGGACCUUAUCAAGAAGGAUGCCGACAAGGCCAUUGACGAUCUAUUCUAAUCCUACGAACAACUUGUCCUAGAACCUAGCAUGGUGAUUGUUGUCGAGAAUACUGCUAAACCCAACUCCACAUAAGGAUAAGAUUCUUUGUGCCAAAGGAAUAAAAUGUUGAAAAUUAAUGUGAACAACAAUUGAUCUUAUUAAUGAUACAUAUCCUGACGCCAGCAUUGACUUGGCUGUCUUUCAGGCUGUUGGCACCCCAUCCACCGCUCAUCUAUCCUACAAUCCCCUUUUCG